GAUUCCAGUACCGGACAGGAAAUCAAGAAAAGAGCAAGAAACAGAAGAGGAAAUCGGCGCUAGAGAUCGUACAAGAAUGUCGGCGGUUUCGAUUUGGCAAAAUGGUGGACCGUCGUCGACGGCGGCGGGGGCGAGCAAUGCAGCGGCACAGUUGCCUCCGGGCGGAAAGUUCGUCCCUACGGACGGCGAGUUGCUUGGGUACUACCUCUACAACCACAUCCGCCGCACAUUGCCGUCCGAUCACUACUCGGUGAUCCGCCACCACGACCUGUACGGCGACGACGAGCCGUGGGAGAUCUGGAAGCUCCUCCAGUCCGGCGAGCAGCCUGGCGACGUUUACGUCUUCACCAAUCUGAAGAAGAAGGUGAAGUCCGGUGGCGGCAAGGGCACAAGAUGCGACCGGAAGGUCGGGAAGAGCGGCGGGAGCUGGCACCGGGAGGACAAAGGAACGGAGUUCAGUCUCAUCCGCCGGGCACGGUCGCCGCUGGAGAAGGACGAGAGGUGGAUUGGGACGCGGAAGAGGUUCAAUUACAGAAACCCUAACCCUAAUUUCGCGAACGAGAGCGAGAAGUGGAUCCUCCACGAGUUCGGCAUGACCAAGGACGGCCGCUGCGACGAGGAGAGCGAAGUGGUGUGUUUGCUUCGGAACAACGGCUCCCCGUCGGCGAACGCAGUUGUGGAGGCGGCGAGGAGCUCGGCUCUCGCCCGAAGGAAGAGAAAGCUCGAGGAUUACAUUAUGCAAUUGGGAUGCGCCGCCUCUAGCAGCAAAAGAGCAUGCUAUAAUCCCGACCCACAAAUUCCCCUGCCUUCUUCAGCUGUGGAGUGUUCGAGUUCGAGUUCCAAGGCUCCUCUCUCAACGAUGGUGCUAGAACAACAGCCAGAACCAGUCGAACAAGAGCAAGAUUCGACGACAUUAGACAUUAUCUCGAUCAUCGAUUUCGAUUCUCUGGGCGACGAGUUCGACUUCGACUGUGGAGAUCAAGGAGGCAGUUGUACUGAUCCACAGUCUGUCUUGGACUUUCCACAAGUCAGUAGUGAUGACCACGAUGACUAUGAGCACCAUUCUGCUACUGCUACAGAGACAGUACCAGAAGAAGCCAAUGAGCCUCUCUAUCUGCUUCAACCCCCAGCUCCCACUGCUGAUUCCCAGCCAGCAGCAAAUCCACUGGUUGAUGAAGAUCAAGGAAAGAAGAUUAUGGUCGUUGUUGCGGAAAAUGAUGGUCAACAAGCUGGUGCCAUGGCAGCAGCAGUAGCUGAUGAUACUCCAGAGGGCACAGAGAACAUAGUGGUGGCUAAUGCUGACAAUGGUGGACAAGCUACUGACGCGACCAUGGAAAGGAUUGUGCUCCCAUUGGAGGCUGCCAUGGGAGGUGGAGGCUGCUGUGAUUAUGAUUAUGGAAGUACAGAUCAGGUGGAGAUGCUGAAGGGUUAUGGUUUUGGAGGUGGGGGAUUCAGUGACCUGUUGGACAUGCCGUUGUCAUUCGAGUUCCCUCUUUGUGGGUUUGAGCAGAUGGAUUGUCCUUCCGCAUUUGUUGAUCUAUGGAAUUUUGGUCUACUGUAGACAACGAUGAAUCUGUAAUUAUAUCCUAACAAUAGGAAGCUGUUAACGACACUGUAGUUCUGCUCUCAUUGAUGUGGAAAAUGAAUUCUUUUGUAUGCAAUUCAUGAUCAUGAUUUUGUAAUACACGCAAGAGCCAAUUAUAUAGAAAGGAGACCUCUAGAUUAUAAAUAGCACAUCGAAAU